AUCUCCUCCUAAGUGCCUCUGCCUUUAUUUUUGACUCCCAAACUCACUUUUUCCCUCUGCCGCUCUUUUGUCUUUUCCCCUACCUCCGGGGACGGAGUCACGAAACGGUGCCUUUUUUAAGCAAUUCGCUGUUGUGCGGUCACCGGUGCAGCUUAAACCCUGUUUUCGGAGCUCCGAGUUCACAGAACGAGCGCGUCCUCCUGAGUAUGGAAAGAAGGAGAUGGUUGAUGUUUGCUGUAUUUAGUUUUCUGCUUGUUUGUUCUAGUGGAAGAGAACUCAAGUUAAAGAGCAAGGGACAUGUCCCUGUCUACAAUCAUACACUCGUCACAAUAGUGGUGCAUUAUGCUUCUGCGGUGUACAUGUCAGAUUUGACAGCACUGUUUACUUGGACAUGCUCGAGAUGUGAUGGUGUAACUGAGGGAUUUGAAGUGAUAGAACUGGUUGUUGACGUCCAGAACUGCUUGCAGGCAUUUGUUGGAGUUGCAAAGGAUCUUAAUGCUAUUAUUAUUGCAUUUAGAGGAACUCAGGAACACAGCAUACAGAAUUGGAUUGAAGACUUAUAUUGGAAGCAGCUCGAUAUAGAGUACCCAGGCAUGCCCGAUGAUGCAAUGGUUCACCAUGGAUUUUUUUCUGCUUACCACAACACAACCAUACGCCAUGGAAUUCUAGAUGCUGUUAAAAGAGCCAAAAAAUAUUAUGGAGAUAUAGACGUCAUAGUGACAGGGCAUUCAAUGGGAGGGGCAAUGGCUUCUUUUUGUGGACUUGACCUAAUCGUCAAUCGUAAAUCAAAGAAUGUCCAGGUUAUAACAUUUGGACAACCUCGUGUUGGCAAUGAAGCUUUUGCAUCUCAGUAUAGCAAGCUUGUACCUAACACAAUACGGGUGACAAACGGACAUGAUAUUGUGCCUCAUUUGCCUCCAUACUAUUCUUAUUUUCCCAGGAAAACCUACCACCACUUCCCAAGAGAGGUGUGGCUUCAUAACAUUGGAUUGGGUAGUCUCGUCUACAACGUUGAGAAGAUCUGUGAUGGUUCUGGUGAAGACCCAGAAUGUAGCAGGUCAGUCAGCGGUAAUAGUAUUUCAGACCAUUUAUCGUAUUACGGUGUUGACUUGAUGGGUGAGACAUGGAGAUCAUGCAGAAUUGUGGUGGAUCCUGGUUUGAUGGAGUAUAGCAGAACAGAUAUUAGAGGAAAUUUAUUGUUGUCCAGAGAUCCUAAAACUGUACUGAAAUUGAAUAAUGUGGCCAACCCUCUCUAGUUCUGUAAGCCCAAAAAGUUAUUUCAUUCUUUAUUUAGAGGUUCAAAAAAAAAAAAAAAAAAGGAGAGAGAAAGAAAGUGUUAUUGUUAUUGUGAUGGGCUGGGAAUGUACAUAAACCGUCUACAAACGGUGUAUUGGACACUACAUUGGUUUUUUUUUUUUUUUUUUUUUCUUUCUUUUGUACGAAUUGUAAAUAAUUAGUUUAUUUAGUGAUAUUUUCAUUUAGUUUCUACGCGUAAAA